UACCUGUGUAUCCAGAAAAAUAGUUGGCAGUCACAUUUCUACUCCUGAUGACACUACCCACCGAAGAGUUGGUGGCGAUGUUGCUACUGUUGACGAUUCUGCCAGCGUUUCCUGCAGAAGAGUUGCUGGCAAUGUUGUUAUUGCUGACGACUCUGCCAGCGAUUCCCGCAGAAGAGUUGCUAGUCAAGUUGCUACUGCUGAUGACGCUACCAGCGUUCCUCGCAGAAGAGUUGGUGGUCAAGGUAACCUAGUCAAGAUUGUCAUUUGUAGUCGGGGUGGCCGCUUCAACUACAAAGGAACUGCGAAGGAAACCCUGGGUGUUGCAGCUGAUGCCCCCGUGGCCUAUGUAGAGGGCAAUACUGCUGCCAUGGCGACUGGAGCUUCUGAUGCUAUCACAGGCCAAGCUGAAAAGGCUGCUGCUGGUGUUGGUGCUGAUGCAGAAGUUGCUGCGUCUGACAAAGCUGGUGGUGGUGCGGAGGCCGGCAUAGAUGUGCAGUUCAGGGAGCAAGGCAGAACUGGUUGUAGUGGUGCUGAUGCUGCAGGGGCUAGUGCCGAAGAAGGUCCCAAAAUGAACAGGGGUGAUGCGAGAUGUGGCAGGGAUCAAGAUGCGGUCGAAGAUGAAGCUGGUCGUGCUGGUAGUGAUGAUGUUGCCGGGGCGACUGGAGCAGCUGGUGAUGCUGGUAGUGCCACUGAUGCGGUUGCUGAUGCUGAUGCUGGCGGCACCACUAGUGUAGCUGGUACUGGUGGUGCUACUGCUGAGGAUGCCGCUGCUGCCGCCGCCACAGAUGCUGCCCUGGCCAUGCUAAUGCUGCUCAAUCGACCUGUGGAUCACAGACACCACCAUUGUCAGUUUGAUGGAGCUGACGCCAAAGAGCAGGUACAGACCUCAUCUGUAGACAUCAAAGAAGACGUCCCAGUUGCCAUCCGCAUAGAGCACAACUACUUCUCUUCUGAAGACAUCCCAGUUGCUGCCCUCUCAGUGCAGAACCGUUCCUCAUCUGAGGACGUCAAAGAAGACGUCCCAGUUGGGAUCAUCCCCAUAGAGCAGAACUCCUCAUCUGAAAACGUCCCAGUUGGGAUCAUCCCCAUAGAGCAGAACUCCUCAUCUGAAGACGUCCCAGUUGGGAUCAUCCCCAUACAGCAGACCUCCUCAUCUGAAGAUGUCCCAGUCGCUGCCUCCUCAGGGCAGAACUCCUCACCUGAAGACGUGCCAGUCGCUGCCUCCUCAGGGCAGAACUCCUCAUCUGAAGACAUCAAAGACGACAUCCCAGUUGGCAUCCCCAUAGAGCACAACUACUUCUCAUCCGGAGACGUCCCAGUUGACGCCCCCAAACAGCAGACCUCCUCAUCUGAAAACAUCCCAGUUGGUGACCCCAUACAGCAGACAUACCCACCCAAAGACGUCCCAGUUGAAGCCCCCAUAGAGAAGAGCUCCUCAUCUGAAGACAUCCCAGUUGAAGCCCCCAUACAACAGAGCUCGUCAUCUGAAGACAUCAAAGAAGACGUCCCAGUUGACAUGUCCAUAGGGCAAAACUCCUCAUCUGAAGACGUCGCAGUUGACACCCCCAUAGAGCAGAACUCGUUAUCUGAAGACAUCCCAGUUGACACCCCCAAAGAGCAGAACUCGUUAUCUGAAGACGUCCCAGUUCACACCCCUAUAGAGCAGACUCCAUCUGCAGACAUUAAAGCUGAACUGUUGCCGGAACAAGAAUCAGAAGUGGCUCCAGUCCUCAGCCUUGAAAUGAUGGAGUCUUCUCCAGAUCUGGUGUCUCUAUUUCAGUUAAAGAGAUUAUCAGUCCGACUGGUCGACUGCCGCACAGCAAUACGUCAACAAGAAACAAACAAGACAACUGGCAACAACAAAUAUGGAGGAAAACCCAAAACUGAGAAGCUGUUCCGCUGCCAGGAGUGUGGCCACAGUUUUUCGCGGGCAGGACACCUCCGACUACACCAGCGGAUUCACACCGAAGACAAGCCGCACCGUUGCCGCCGGUGCGGUAAAACCUACUCGCAGGAGUCGGACCUCAAGCGGCACGAGCGGCUCCACACACUGGACAAGCCCUACCACUGUGGACAGUGCGGGAAAGGCUUCACGCAGGCCACGAGUCUCAAGGUGCACCAGCAGCGCAGUCACACGGGAGACAAGACGCGCUCGUACACCUGCAACGAAUGCGGUAAGAGCUUCUCGCGCUCAGGACACCUCCGACGCCACCAGCGCAUUCACACCGGAGAGAGGCCGUUCACCUGUCAGGACUGCGGAAAAGACUUCACACAGGCGACGACUCUCCGGCGACACCAGCUCAUUCACACGGGAGAAAAAGCUUACCGUUGCGGAGAGUGCGGGAUGACUUUCUCGCGACCGGUUCACCUGCGAGUUCACCUGCUCAUUCACAGCGGCGGGAAACUGCCGUAUCACUGCAAAGAGUGUGGCACACGUUUUUCUCGAUCGGAAAACCUCAGAGCGCACCAGCGCCUCCACACAGGAGAGAAACGAUACGCCUGCGCACAGUGUGGGAAGAGAUUUGUGCGGUCGGGACAUCUCAGAUCACAUCAGCGCCUUCACACCAUGUAGAAUACCUACCUUGGCCAACAGUUGUGGGGGAAAGGGCAGGAAGUCUGAAACGUCAACUUGUUCAUUGUGCCUUCAUUAAGGCGGGCCAAAUAAGAUUUUGGACUGGUAAUGACAGAUGGGACCGGACUGGGAAAUGAUCCAGGUGGGAUUCAAACCCCGGGCACUUCACCAUCUGAAUGAAUUUUAACUUAAACUUUUAAUUUGACUCAUUCAUUUGUAAAGCACUACGACAGAGAAAGACACUUUACCCAGUAUACAUAUUAUCCCGUCAUGGGCGUAAGCGGUUAGAGUGUCCGACUUGUAACCCAAAGGUUGCCGGUUCGAUUCCCGACCCGCCAGGUUGGUGGUGGGAGUGAUCAAUCAGAGCUCUCCCCCGUCCUGCUCCAUGACUGAGGUACCGUCCCGCCACACUGCUCCCUUGGGGCGCCAUUGGGGGCUGCCCCCUUGCACGGGUGAAGCAUCAAUGCAAUUUCGUUGUGUGCAGUGAACAGUGAACACCCGUGUGCUGUGGAGUGCUGUGUCACAAUGACAAUGGGAGUCGGAGUUUCCCAGUUGGGCUUUCACUUUGCUUUCACUUCUUAUGGUGUUCUGGAAGAUGUGGACACUUUAAGCUAUGCAUGCAACCAUGUGCGACCGAGUGCACUUCAUACUUGCUUCAGGUCGAGCAGAGCACUUCACAUGAUACUGGAGACAUUCUGUCGAUAAAGUCUAUGACAUUUUUAAUGAACAUGAAUGUCUAUAAAUUCUAUGACAUUUUUAAUGAACAUGAAUGUCUAUAAAUUCUAUGACAUUUUUAAUGAACAUCUACUUUACAGUGAUGAAACGUGUGUGUACAUAAGUAGUUCCGGGACACCCUUUGCUAAAGGGUGGUUGACGUGACGCCCGAUUUUUAUGUAACAUUGGGGGAAAAAACUACAAAAUUGUGUAAAAAAAAAUGUUUACUACAUUUUUUUUACCUCCUAAAAAUAAAUGUACAUGAAAAGAAAAUAUUGUAUAUUAUGUUUUAUAAUAGUUUUAGAUGAGGGGGAAAAAACUGUUUAGUUCAGAUUUAUGUAAAGGCUUCUAUGUCUAAUGUCCUGUGGUGUGACUGUAACAUUAUGAAUGAAAGCUGGAAUAUCUACAGCUAUAAAAUAAACCAACAACAUUUUGAAUCA